GCUCAUAAGCCCUACAACAAGCAAAGUUCUCCUGAAAAGAAGUUGGAAUACUUCGAAUUCAUAUGAUUUAACUUCAUAAAUUAUUACUUACACAACUUUGGUGUAUUUAUGAAAAAUUCGGAAAUCAAUAUAAGUCUAAAUUUCAUUUUUUUCUGUACCUCUUCUUGGAUUAACCUUACACGUGGCCGUUCAAUUUUUUUUGUAAACUUCACUACUCAAUCUUCAGAUUUUAAAAAGAACACAUUGAGUAUAUAAUGCAGCUUUUACAAAAAAAUAUCUCUCUUCUGGGUGUAAAUCAUAAGUCCUGAAAUACAAAAAAGAAAUAUAUAUAUAUAUGUACAAUAAUGAUUACAUCUUGGGAAUGUCUUGCAAAAUUACUUGUUCCUUGUGAAAUAUUAAUUGUUAUUAAAUUGGUAUUUUGUCUUGUAUCAUUCAGUGAUUUUUAUCCUUCGUUAAGCUCUCUUCCAUCAAUUCUAAAUGAAGUUAUAUUAUCUUCACCGAUAACAGUAUUUUCACUCUUUCUUUUUAUGAAUUGGGCAUCUUAUUAUACCUAUUUAAUAGUUUAUAUUAUGAUCUCUAGUUCCUCUGUAUACUCAGAUGUCUAUAAGCUAUUUCAUUUUGGUAUAUCAUAUCAAGUACCAUUAACUUUAGAUAAUGUUGAAUUAUUUAUUUACACCUAUACAAGUACUUUAUACUUUUUAAAACUUUUAAAUCCAGAUGAAUCAUCCUUUGGAAUUAUUUCAUGCCUUUUAAUGUUUUGUUCUCUACGUUUACAUCGUUUUGUUGUUUGUUGGUUAACAUUACGCCUAUCUAAUAAUCCUUUUAUACGUUUAAUGUUAGAUACACACCUGUUGUUUAGUUUAGCUGCAUACAGUUUAUAUCUUUUAUGGUUAUUCAGUAUGUGUUUUUAUUUUGCUUCGUAUAUUGUAACAGGGAUAACAACGUUUAUUCCGAAUACUAUUCUUUGUACUAGUAUAUUUCUUUUAUUAGUUCAUGUUCAUCUAAUACUAACUGAUGUAAAACUCUUUAUUUUACCAAUGAAAAUUAAUUUAAAAUAUUUUAAUAAAAAAAUUUCCAGCCUAUUUUUAUCCAUUGAAAUAAUUAAUUUCAUUUUGAUUUUAGCAUAUACUUCAUGGAAAUUUUAUUUAAGUGAAACAUCUUUAAUACAUUUAGGUUAUGCUGAGAUUUCAAGUCAUGUUAUCUUUUUAACUGUUAUUUUUUGUUUAUUAUAUAUUUAUGAAAAAUUAUUACCUUUAAUACAAUUAGAAUUAUUUGGCAUAGACAAUACUACUAAUACUACCAGUUUUAGUAGUAUCAGUAGUACGUUGUCUUCGAAUUAUUGCAGUUUAUGCAGUUUACCAUUAUUUCGACCAAUUAUUUUACCAUCAAGUGUUACAUCGAAUUCAAAGAAUGAUUGUCAACAUUUAUUGCAUACAGAGUGUUUAAAAGUAUUGGAAUUAAUCUCUUUUCCAUGUCUACGAUGUUGUGCUGAUUCGUGUAUAUUUUUACAAGAUAAUAACAAUGUUGUUUCAGAGGGUUUUGAUAAUUAUAAUGCUUAUUCUGAUGAUUCUAAUUCCUCAAGUUUUAUUGAAGAUUCUUCAACAAGUUCAUCUGUCUAUGAUGAUAAAGAUGUUGACUUGAGUGUUUAUCUUAACUUAGAUCAAUUGAAUGGUGGAAAAAUUGGUCGAACAUUACGUAGACUGGAUGGAUCAGGUUCAUCAUCAUCAACACUGUCCUUAUCAUCUUCACUCUCUUCUUCUUUUCAGUAUCCUGCAUCAAUGAUAAGUGACAGUAGAGACUGGAGUUAUGAUCAUUAUUUGAAUUAUGAAUCAGAUAUAAGUAACUUAUGAAUUGAUGGAUUUUGGAAUUGAAUAACACUCGUGUUUUGUUAUUGUUGUGAUGUUCAACAUUGGUGAAAUUCUCUUGAUUACCUCAAGUGAUACACUGACAUUUGCAUUUAUAAAUGUGAAUUCUUCGUUGAAUUUUUUUUAAUUAUGCAAACACCUUUGCCGCCACUUGUAACACUUGUAACUUGAUAACUAAACUUUUCCUUACUACUCCCUUGAUUUUAAGUAUCCUCUAUAUAUACGCAUAUAAGCGGAAAACAAAACAUUACUUUUUUUGAAUUUCGUUUCUUAAUUUUUAGAAUACAAUAAAAAAGAAAGAAAGGAGC